AAAGAGGAAGGCCCAGAGAUCUCUUCAGCCUGGUCCGAAAAGCCUGUCCCCUCACCCGGCUCUGUAAGAAAUCUGAGCUUCGAAGUCAAUGUUGGGGGCCAUGUCACUAUCAACGUUGGGAGAUGAAGCCCUUGAAUUUUCCCACACGGUGAUCCCUCGAAGCUACUCGCCUCCAACUUGGAUUAAAAACUGAGGAGAAGCUGGAGCGGUGAAGAGAAAAGGACCCGUCACCCAGCGCGUGAGCCUCGGUCUGCGGCUAGGCAGAGGGAAAGGAAGAGACGCACGUACAUAGCAUGUGUUACCUGGUUUAUUUCGAGACUGUUUGGCACUGUUCUCUCUCUGAGCACCCCUCACUUCGGGAGGCCCUCACAGGCGCCCACCACUGAGCCGCCCCCGCCCGCCGCCCCCUCCUUCGCGGAGGCGCCGUGAGCCCCAGGCCCGGCUUUCCCGCGGAGCCCAAGCCUCGAGUCCCAAGCGCGCCGCCGCCCAGGCCACAGGAACCGACGCCGGAGCCUGCGGUCCAACUGCGCUGCUGCUGGAGCGCUCAGUGCCGCUGCCCGCGCCGCCCGCGCCCAGCUCGACACCCACUGGUCGCCGCCGCCCGCCGCGCCGCUGCCCCGCUCCUGCGCCUCCGCCGCUGUCCCUCGACGACUGGGUGAUGCUGGACAUGGGAGAUAGGAAAGAGGUGAAAAUGAUCCCCAAGUCCUCGUUCAGCAUCAACAGCCUCGUACCAGAAGCGGUCCAAAACGACAACCACCACGCGAGCCACGGCCACCACAACAGCCACCACCCCCAGCACCAUCACCAUCACCACCAUCACCACCACCACCCGCCGCCGCCGCCGCCGGCUCCGCAACCACCGCCGCCGCCUCAGCAGCCGCCGCCUCCUCAGGCACCGCAGCCCCCUCAGGCGCGGGGCGCCCCGGGCGCGGACGACGACAAGGGCCCCCAGCAGCUGCUGCUCCCGCCGCCCCCGCCGCCGUCCUCGGCUGCCGCCCUGGACGGGGCCAAACCGGACGGGCUGGGCGGCAAGGGAGAGCCGGGCGGCGGGUCCGGGGAGCUGGCGCCCGUCGGGCCGGACGAGAAGGAAAAGGGCUCCAGCGCUGGGGGGGAGGAAAAGAAGGGGGCGGGCGAGGGCGGCAAGGACGGGGAGGGGGGCAAGGAGGGCGAGAAGAAGAACGGCAAGUACGAGAAGCCGCCGUUCAGCUACAACGCGCUCAUCAUGAUGGCUAUCCGGCAGAGCCCGGAGAAGCGGCUCACGCUCAACGGCAUCUACGAGUUCAUCAUGAAGAACUUCCCCUACUACCGCGAGAACAAGCAGGGCUGGCAGAACUCCAUCCGCCACAACCUGUCUCUCAACAAGUGCUUCGUGAAGGUGCCGCGCCACUACGACGACCCGGGCAAGGGCAACUACUGGAUGCUGGACCCGUCGAGCGACGACGUGUUCAUCGGCGGCACCACGGGCAAACUGCGGCGCCGCUCCACCACGUCGCGGGCCAAGCUGGCCUUCAAACGCGGGGCGCGCCUCACCUCCACCGGCCUCACCUUCAUGGACCGUGCCGGCUCCCUCUACUGGCCCAUGUCGCCCUUCCUGUCCCUGCACCACCCCCGCGCCAGCAGCACUUUGAGUUACAACGGCACCACGUCGGCCUACCCCAGCCACCCCAUGCCCUACAGCUCCGUGUUGACUCAGAACUCUCUGGGCAACAAUCACUCCUUCUCAACGGCCAACGGCCUGAGCGUGGACCGGCUGGUCAACGGGGAGAUCCCGUACGCCACGCACCACCUCACCGCUGCCGCGCUCGCAGCCUCAGUGCCCUGCGGCCUGUCCGUGCCCUGCUCUGGGACCUACUCCCUCAACCCCUGCUCGGUCAACCUGCUUGCGGGCCAGACCAGUUACUUUUUCCCCCACGUCCCGCACCCGUCAAUGACUUCGCAGAGCAGCACGUCCAUGAGCGCCCGCGCUGCGUCCUCCUCUACGUCUCCGCAGGCUCCCUCGACCCUGCCCUGUGAGUCUUUAAGACCCUCUUUGCCAAGUUUCACGACGGGACUGUCCGGGGGACUGUCUGAUUAUUUCACACAUCAAAAUCAGGGGUCUUCUUCCAACCCUUUAAUACAUUAACAUCCCUGGGACCAGACUGUAAGUGAACGUUUUACACACAUUUGCAUUGUAAAUGAUAAUUAAAAAAUAAGUCCAGGUAUUUUUUAUUAAGCCCCCCCCCCAUUCUGUACGUUUGUUCAGUCUUUAGGGUUGUUUAUUAUUCUAACAAGGUGUGGAGUGUCAGCGAGGUGCAAUGUGGGGAGAAUACAUUGUAGAAUAUAAGGUUUGGAAGUCAAAAUUAUAGUAGAAUGUGUAUCUACAUAGUGACUGUUUUGCCAUUUCAUUCAAACCUGACAAGUCUGUAAGAGCCGCCAAAUUUCCAUGUGUGCAGUAUUAUAAGUUAUCAUGGAUCUAAAUGGUGGAUGCAGACCUUGAGAACAACCUAAAUUAUGCGGAGAGUUUUUAAAUGUUAAACUGUAAUUUGUAUUUAAGACACAUUCGUAGUAAAGGUGCCCAAGAAAUUAUUUUGGCCAUUUAUUGUUUUUGUCCUUUUCUUUUAAAAACUGUUUUUUUCUUUUGUUUACUUUUAGACCAAAGAUUGGGAUCUAGAAAAUGCACUUGGUAUACUAAGUAUUAAAAAACAAACAAACAGAAAAGUGAAAGUUGUUUCAGUUGGCAGCACUGCCCAUUCAAAUGAAUUGGAAGGGGACAAAAUUAAUGAUUGCCUUCAGUUUGUGUUGUGUAUAUUUUGAUGUAUGUGGUCACUAACAGGUCACUUUUAUUUUUUCUAAAUGUAGUGAAAUGUUAAUACCUAUUGUACUUAUAGGUAAACCUUGCAAAUAUGUAACCUGUGUUGCGCAAAUGCCGCAUAAAUUUGAGUGAUUGUUAAUGUUGUCUUAAAAUUUCUUGAUUGUGAUACUGUGGUCAUAUGCCCGUGUUUGUCACUUACAAAAAUGUUUACUAUGAACACACAGAAAUAAAAAAUAGGCUAAAUUCAUAUAUAUCUUGAUACUUUUGUCUCUUUUAUUAAGUAGACCUAAUUUCUAAAAGAUCAUUUAAGUUCUAGGGAAUUCAAAGGCUUUUUCAGCCACAAAAAUUUAAACUGCUCCUUUCUUUUGAACUAAGACUUUAAAAAUGAAAAUAGUAUUUUUUCCAUUGUGGAAUUACAUUUUACCAGGAGCAGACUAAUUAAUAAACACUAGCUUUAAACAAAAUAUAGGCUUUUCAGUUUAUAUCUUUAAGUUUCUGUAGAUACACUAAAAAUAUACCUAAUUUAAUGUACAUAGUUACUUAUCUUGUGUUUAUUUUCAAAUCAGUAAUAUAGAAUGCUUUUCAUAUAUUUUGUUUCAGAUAUCUUGUUUAUACCACUUGGUAAGCUACAAAUAAAUGUAUAUGGUUAGAUAGAAGUGGAUAUAAUGCACACAUAUGUAAUAUAUAUAAACACAGAGUCCUUCAGUUCAGGUAAAAUUUGCACUCUGAAUGCUGCAAAUAUUUUUGUUUAAAUAUUUGUAUUUAUACUAAGUCAGCAUUUAUUUUGGUGGCUGUUUACCCACAAUGGAAGAGUUCUAAUAAAGAUGUGCUGAAGUUGGAAUAUAGAUUUUGCUUAAGUGAUCACCUGUUGUAAUGACUUGUAGAUCAAUGUUUAUAUUUUAUUUUUAAAUUAUAACAAUUUAAAAUUCUAGAUGUUCAGAAGCAGUAAAAUGCCUUUCUUAUUUUCUUUCAUACUUUACAAUGUAGAGGUAUUUAUUUGAUUACCUUUUAGAUAAGUUUGUAAAAUGUAGAGAUUUGUUUCUUUUGCUUACAGUCAUAAUUUUAACUUGCAGUAUACAUAUGCAUAAAUGUAUAUUCACAUAUAUAUAAAUCUGAAACAAAAUGGAAACAUUUUUGAAUUGUUUCAGCAGUCCAAUUGCUAUGACUCCAGAAAAUAAUUAGAAAACCUAAGUAAAAGGUUUAGUAACUAAUUGGAUCCUGUGGUGAGUCCGUGGAGGACAAGUUGUUCAUUUGUUACAAUUGUAUAGUCUGAAAUGUGUUCUGCAGUAAUGCAAUAAGCUGGCUCCUUCUUACAAUGGGCCCAAUGAAAAAUAAUCUGUCCCCAAGAUGUUAUCGGCAAACACUUAGAGAGUUGCUCAGGAAGAAAAAAAAAAGCCUAGGAGAGAAGCAAGGGUGACUCACAUAGAUUUGAAAUAAAAAUUCAGAACAAUUAAUAUCGGAAUAAGGAGAUGGAUGGGUUGUAAAUGGAGAAAUAGAAGUAGAGAAAGAGGAGA